GAGGACGGACCGUCCAGUAUCAGCACAGCCCCUGUACAGACCUGACUCUCCGGGCGUCACAUCCAUCAUUAUUUACCCAGACACUGUCAUGCACAAACGAGGAGUUAAACUGCGUGUCUAUGGAAUACAUUUUAACGGCUGAAUCAUCAAAUAGACUCGCAUCAUGCUCAGGUGGUCUGUUUUUCCCACUGAAGGAGAUAUUAUAGACCGCAUUUGGAAACAAGACUACCUUAUGACUCUUUAGAAUAUCAAACAGGCCCUUUUUAAAAUCAUGGAGGAAAGCAAUACCAGUGAAUCAGUGCCAGAUUUAAAGGAUCUGGAGGUGAAAGUGGGGAGGAAGACACCGGAGGGACUCCUAAAGUGGAUGAGAGAGGACCACAAGAUAAUUUCUCACCAUCAGACAGAGAGCAAUGAGACAGAGAAGAAGGGCCUGGAUGAGAAGAUCCGAAAACUUAAACUGGAGAUGGCUCAUUUACGAGCAGCUGACGUCAAGAUCUUGAACCAGUUGCUAGCCUUGCAUGAGGGAAUUGAGGCAGUCAAAUGGCUCCUGGAAGAGCGUGGCACGCUCACCAGCCGCUGCAGCAGUCUGACCAGCAGCCAGUACAGCUUAGGGGAUGGUCCUGACACCUCCUGGAAGGGCAGCUGGAGCAGCCUGCAAGAUCCCCAUGACAAGUUGGACAACAUUUCCAUCGGCAGCUACCUGGACACUUUAGCUGAUGACCUGGAUGAGUACUGCCCCUCCAGUGGGACUGAUUCCAUUCUCUGUGCUGCCCCUGUGGGGACAGAUGGCUCAAGAGGUACUGGAGGAGGAAUAAGCAGUGCCACCGGAUCUGGAACCAGAUCUCCACAAGUCAAGUCUGAGGCUCCAAAGGAAGAAGCUCAGGUUUGGAAUAAAGCUGUGUCUGAUACAGGGAGGCUGCAACCUUCGGUCAACUAUGACCCAAAUCAGGCACAGCCCUGCAAGAUCAAUGGAAUCGUGGACAAAGCAGUGAAGCAAAUAGUUGGCUCAGACUCACCCAGAGUCUGUCUGGCUGAGAAGCUGGGGAAGACUCUUAGCCCUAAAGUGAAAACAUACAAGAAUGGCAAAGUUGAGCUGGAGACCUGCAAAAUGAAUGGCAAAGUUCAACUGGAGUAUGACGCACACUGGCGCUGGGUGCAGUCACAGGAUGAUGUGACAUUUUUGUGAUAAUGUACAUGAUUAUCAAGCCAAAGGUGUUUAUCAGAGACUGGUCCGGUCCUCUAUUUACCACCUUGCAGACCUUGAUGUCUGAUUAUUUUGAGGUCAACUUCUCAAAAUAGAUCCUAAAAUGGUUAAAAGCUUGACAUGUUGGGGGUCAAAAUGUAAAACCCCUGAAUUAAACAUGGUGUUUAUUUUUAUUUUUUUCAGUGUUAAAAUACCUUUUCCUCUCCUAGCUUAAUAUGCAGAGAUAACUCUAAGCAAUUUGUGGGUUGAUUCCCCUGAAAAGUGUAAACAUUGUGGUUCUGUGGUGUUAUUGAAACAUUACUCUGUUUGAGCAUCCCGACAGCCCGUCAAUGCAACAUUGUCUUAACCAAUGGCGUGAGUUCUAUCCGUUUGUCCGACCACGUGUUCUAGGAACCUGUUUGAAAAAAGUCAUUAUUUUUGCUAUUCCGUUUGGUGACGCUAGUUGUACAGAAAUUACAGACUUCACCUUAAAUUAUAUUAUACUCUAUGUCAGGUUGUGUAGAUGUUUAUGGAUGCAUGUUUCAAAUGUGCAUUUUACAUGCGAAUCGUAAUCUUUUCUGAAUUGGCAUCUAUUGAAAGAAUUUCAAGAACUAUUUAUUAACAAGUCUCUUCAUUAUUUCUGUACUUCACUGCAUAAGUCAGCUAGUUAUUUAUUUUAAAUUAUGUAAUUGCAACUCUCUAAGCUUAUAUAUAUAUAUAUAUAUAUAUAUAUAUAUAUAUAUAUAUAUAUAUAUAUAUAUAUAUAUAUUUCUAUUUUAAGACUGUCAGAAAAAAACAGUCCUCAGUAGCAAUCAGUCAUCAGAAACAAUUAGGUUAACAAAAUUCAAUAAGAUAAUGAAUCAUGUAUUCUUAAGGGCCGUUCAGACCGAACAAGUUCUUACAUUUAAAAAAAGCCAGAUGCAGUGCAAUAAAUGGAACAGAAUACAGGUGCCUUGAGACAUGUUUUUAAAAGUUUAAAGUUUUUAAAAGUUCUUUCAACUUGACACGGCAUCUUCAAAACACUGAAAAAACACAGAGUCGUGGAGCAAUGGACACAAUAAAGCAUUCUGUGUGAACGGACCCAUAGGCCACGUCCACACAAAUGCAUUUUCGUUUGAAAACACGUUUUCUUUAAGUUUUAGCCUCCCGUCCACACUGAGACAGUGUUUUUGACAGUGAAACCAAGGUUUUUCGAAAACGCACUACCAAGUGUAUACAUUUGAAAACCCCGUCUUCGCGUUGUAGUGUGAACAGGGAAAACUGAGAUAUCUAAAAAAGAUGACGUAUGUUUUGUCAUUUGACGCAGUCAUGUGAUCCAUUCAACCCAAAACAAUCAAGAUGGCUGCCCAUGUUGUAGCGGUGUAGUUGUGCCUGCUAUCCACUUUGAUAGCUUUUUUAAAGAUAAAUGUUACUUUGUACAACCUUCACAUAGCAUUCCUUCAAAGACGACAGGAAGUUUACUCGGAAUUGCUGUUCAGCGAUGGAACACGAGGAUAAUUGCAUUUCAGACCAUACAUGGAACGGCAAUUUUUCGCAUGCGCUGUAAGGGGAUUUAAGAGUUUUCUACAUUUCAGUGUGGAUGUGCAACUUUUGGAAAACGCUUGAGAACGGCAGUGUGGACAGAGAGCGUUUUCUGUUUUCAGAUAUAUCUACAAAAUGCUCACAGUUGAAAAGAGCAUUGAUCUUUUCAUUGAUAUUUCAGAGUGGACCAAAGUUUGUUUAGCUAAAACAAUCCAAGAGGUUGAAACCACAGAAACUUAUUUUUUAACAAAAUCACAGUGAAUAGAUUUUUUUAUGCUAUGGCUGACCAUUUUGUCUGAACUUUCUGGCGAUUACAAUAAUAGAAAAAUGAAGUGUAACAUUUGCUCUUACUCAAACAGGAGGGAAUGUUUAAAUCAUACUCCAUUUUACUACCAAAGUCUUAAAUCUCCCCAGAGUGUGCUCCUUUGAGUUAACAUGUAAAUGUCAAAACACAAAUCCAUUCUGAAUACCAAGCAUGUUCCCAUCUGUUACAAUGUGACUCUUUUACAAGAGGCGAGUGCAGAAUCAGCAACACCCUUGAGUUGCCUUUGACAAUUAAUUAUACAAUCAGAAUGUCUUUCAUUUAUAUAAUGUUUAUUUGAAAACUGCUUGUAGGUUACUAUUUGUCUGUCAGAAUGCUCUUGUAAUCAAUGAGUAACAAAGCUGUAAUGUAAAUCUUUUAAUCAGGUAAACAGCUGUGGGUUAGCUUAUCGCACUUUUCCACUGCAUGUUACGGUUCGACUCGACUCUGCUCGCUUUACUUUUCUGAGCUUGCUUUUCCACUGCAGUUUAGUGCCUCCUCAAUGUGGGUGGGAUUAUAGGCUGAUCGUCAUAGUUGCGCCAUCUCUACUGCCGUGACAUCAUCUUAAACGCGACACAAACAUUACUGACCAUAAACAAUAACACGACCGCUAGCUGUUAGCUACUAGCUCUUUGUGCUGCAUAAAGCAGUUGUUGCAUGGUGAUUUUACACAAGUGUAACAGUUAAAUUGGCCUGGUUGUUUUAGAAGCAAGCUUUCCAGUAGCUGGUCAAUUAAAUAAAGUGAAGCUUUCAAGCAGAAUAUAGAGUUAACGUAACAAAACGUACCAUCCUCCAUCGUGGACUCCAACAACGCCGAGUCCAGGGCACUCUCCCUCCCAUUGUUCGCCGGUCUAUUGCCAUAGAUAGCGUCCAUUUGGUCGAACCACUUCCACUUUCUUCUGUUUGAACCACUCCGGCUGUUGUGGUCCUUGAUGGUUCUUUAAUCACUUUUAAGUUUUUUAACUUUUCCCUACACUGUUGGUAGGUCCGGUGGUUGCCGUGUGCGGCCAACAGCUGAGACACUUCCUGAAAGACUUUUUCAUUUCGCGUUGUUUCGUUCGUCGCUAACGAGAGGAAGGUCUGCACCUCGUUUAUUGACCACGCCGUGGUUUUGCGCACAGCCAUUUCUUUUUACAAUUAGAAAGUCGCGUGAACAAAUGAUAUUGCUGUCGCUGUUGCUGACUUUAAAACUAGCAGUUUGAUGUCCCUUGUCGCAAAUCCAGUGACACUGGUAGUGAUGAUUCUCUCUGACCAAUCAGUGAUCUGCAGUGUUUUGACGUCACAUGUAGUAUCGGCUUGGCUCGCUUGGAACCUCGACUGAGGUGGUACUAAAAAAAGUAUCAGGUACCAGGUACUAUCCACAGUGGAAAACCCCCAAAAAGCAAGCAGAGUCAAGCCGAGCUGUACCGUGCAGUGGAAAAGCCCCAUUAGUGUACCAACUUUGGGUCCAGCUUUGGGGUACUUAUUUUUACUAGUCCUGUUGAUCACAGAAUGACAGGAACUUGGUGAACAAGGAUGUCAAAUAUUGUUAAUUCUACUGCACAGUUCUAACUAAGUAAUAAUGUUCACAAUACAAAUGCAUGGAAACCAGUGGUUAUGCUGUUGUCUUUGCAUUUGUAGGAUGCCAUUUCCUUGCAGUGUAGAGAUGGGUGAGAUUUACCUUUAGCACUUAAAGUGCACUUGUAAUUUAAAGCUGAGAGACAGCUAACUCCUACCAAUUAAUCAAAUUCUAUAUGUGGUGUAACUGUUUGCCUCGUCACGGUGUUAGCACUGGAUAUAAUCCUGCAUUGCCUGUUUUGUAUGCCAAGAGAACUGCACUGUUGUAAUAUAUUUUUUGUCUAAUUGAAGAACUGAGCUACAAUACUAUCAGUCUUAAAUAAUAUAACAUUUAGUGUUAUGUAAUAAAACAUGGUACUUGACAAAAUGGUGGAUUUUAUUUCUAAAUGUGAAACCUGUGUAUUCAGUUUGUAUUUAGUAAUGUGUGUGCAAUAUUUAUGCAUUCAAUGUUGUUUUGCUUUCUGCAGAACAAGAGGACAGUAUUAACUAAGCUCAGAUCAGGCCCUCUCUCACACACAAAAACACCCACUCUCAGUUAAUAAUGUCUGUGCUUCUAGGAAAAGGGUUUCCAUGACUACUGAAUAUAUACGUAACUUGUGCAUGUGUGUUGCUCAGCUGUUUGCUAAGAGUCGGGAAAUGGAGACAGUCCAGUUCCCAGGAGCCACUGUGUGACGAGGAGGGAAUUAACUGGAUUGGAACAAGAUGUGCAUAGAGUUGAUGAGAGGAUGAUUAAAGAGGGUUGAAAUAAAAGUUUAAAUAAUAUAUAAUGUCUCUAAUUAGUUUGAUGGUAGACAUUACUGACACAUAUAGUAGGCUUCCUGUUUUAGUCAAGGAAGAGAUUACUGCAGCAGGUUUUUUUAAUCCAUUAACACAGAGGUUCCCAACAUUUUUUUGUCCAAUACACACACACAAAAAAAAAAAAACGAUU